AUAGACAAACUCCCAUGCCUGUCUUCGUUUGAUCUAACCGGCCUCGAUAUCUACAAAGCAAAGCAGAGCGCUCUCUCUCUCUCUCUCUCUCUCUCUUUCUAAUCGACUCUGCUCAUCCAGGUAAUUGUUCGAAUUCGAUUUGUGAUCGAUAAAUGCGAAAAAAUGGCGAGCCGAACUUGUGAUCUUGUAGAGCGAGUACAUCCUGCUCACCAGUUCGACCUCGAUGCUUUGCUUCGCUAUGCCGCUUCCCAUGUCCACGCCUUUCCUCUCUCUCCCUCCAAAUUCUCCGUCUCUCAGUUUGGGCAUGGUCAAUCAAACCCUACGUUUCUAUUGGAAGUUAGUACGGGUUCUUCUGUGAAGCGAUAUGUGCUGCGGAAGAAGCCCCCUGGCAAAUUGCUUGAAUCUGCUCAUGCUGUCGAGAGAGAAUUUCAGGUUAUUGAGGCAUUAGGUAUCCAUACACAGGUUCCAGUUCCUAAGGUUUUCUGUUUGUGCACUGAUUCGAGUGUAAUCGGAACUCCAUUUUACAUAAUGGAAUACUUGGAUGGACGCAUAUUUUUGGAUCCUGGGCUACCUGGUUUGGCACCUAAAAGCAGGAGGGCAAUAUAUCAAGCAGCUGCCAAAGCCUUAGCUUCUCUGCAUUCUGCUGAUGUGGAUGCUGUUGGUCUAGGAAAAUUUGGGCGUCGGGAAAACUACUGUAAGCGGCAGGUGGAGAGGUGGGCCAAACAAUAUAUUGCUUCAACUGGUGACGGCAAGUCUGACAGAAAUCCAAAAAUGUUAGAGCUGGUUGAUUGGUUACGGCAACAUAUUCCUCUAGAAGAUUCUUUGGGAGCAACAUCAGGCCUAGUUCAUGGUGACUUUCGGAUUGAUAAUCUUGUAUUCCAUCCCAUUGAGGAUAGAGUGAUUGGCAUUCUUGACUGGGAGUUAUCCACCCUUGGAAACCAAAUGUGUGAUGUUGCGUACACCUGCAUGGCUCACAUCGUGGAUGCUAGGCUUGAUAAAGUACGACAUGAAGGUUUUGAAGUUACUGGCAUACCUGAAGGAAUUCCUUCACUGGCAGAAUACCUCGCAAUAUAUUGCUCUGCGUCUAGAAAAACUUGGCCUCUAGCCCAGUGGAAGUUUUAUGUUGCCUUCUCCAUGUUCCGUGGAGCAUCAAUCUACGCAGGGAUACAUAGCAGAUGGAUUAUGGGUAAUGCUUCAGGAGGUGAGCUUGCCCAAAACGCGGGGAGAAAAGCUAAUGUUCUUAUAGAAACCGCAUGGUCAUUUAUUGGACGAAAAUCAGUGCUUCCUCAGCAUCCUCCAUCUGACGCAACUGUGCAAGAUCAUUUGGAACAGUUAGGAAAUGAAAGUGAAAAUCAAGACCUAUUAAAGGAAACAGGAAGAUUUGUUCCUAGUAAGAAGGUUCAAGAAUUGAGAAAGAGAUUAAUUAAGUUUAUGGAGGAUCGCAUUUACCCUAUGGAAAAUGAGUUCUACAAACUUGCACAGUCUACCAUGCGUUGGACAAUUCACCCAGAGGAGGAGAACUUGAAGGAGUUAGCAAAGAGAGAAGGCUUAUGGAACUUAUUUAUACCUUUUGAAAGUGCUGCUAGAGCAAGGAAGCUACUUGAUGGGAUAAAUGAAUUUCCAGUUGACAAGUCAAGUGAUUGCUUUUUGGGUGCUGGUCUCUCAAACCUUGAAUAUGGGUACCUGUGUGAGGUUAUGGGUCGUUCUGUUUGGGCUCCACAGAUGUUCAACUGUGGGGCACCUGACACUGGAAAUAUGGAGGUAUUAUUGCGCUAUGGGGACAAAGAGCAGCUACAAGAAUGGCUUAUUCCCUUGCUUGAGGGUAAAAUCCGGUCUGGUUUUGCAAUGACAGAACCUGAAGUUGCGUCCUCUGAUGCAACCAAUAUAGAGUGCUCAAUUAAAAGAGAAGGUGACUCGUAUAUUAUUAAUGGGAAAAAAUGGUGGACGAGUGGAGCAAUGGAUCCUAGGUGCAGACUUCUUAUAGUAAUGGGAAAAACGGACUUCAUGGCCCCUAAGCAUAAGCAACAAUCAAUGAUCUUAGUAGAUAUUCAAACUCCUGGUAUUCACAUACAGAGACCGCUCACAGUAUUUGGCUUUGAUGAUGCACCUCAUGGGCAUGCAGAGAUAUCAUUUCAGAAUGUUCGUGUGCCAGCCAAGAAUAUUCUGUUGGGAGAAGGGCGUGGCUUUGAGAUUGCCCAGGGCAGGCUUGGCCCAGGAAGGUUGCACCAUUGCUUGAGACUAAUAGGCGCAGCUGAGCGUGGCAUGCAGAUAAUGGUUCAAAGGGCUCUUAGAAGGAAGACGUUUGGAAAAUUUAUUGCCGAGCAUGGUUCAUUCCGUUCCGAUAUUGCCAAGUGCCGAAUAGAGCUGGAGCAAACCAGAUUGUUGGUUCUGGAAGCCGCAGACCAGCUUGAUCGGCUUGGAAACAAAGAAGCCCGGGGAACCUUAGCAAUGGCAAAGGUAGCGGCUCCAAAUAUGGCGCUGAAAGUGCUUGACAUGGCAAUUCAAGUGCAUGGUGCCGCAGGUGUAUCUUCUGACACUGUUUUGGCUCAUCUAUGGGCGACAUCGAGGACGUUGAGAAUUGCAGAUGGUCCAGAUGAAGUCCACUUGGGAACUAUUGCCAAACUAGAAUUACAGAGAGCUAAGCUUUGAAGAUCCAGGAAUUGUGGACAUUUUGAACAAUCAAAAGUUUCUUAAAACAGAAAACUGAAAGGAAAAAAAAAAUAGAGUGGAAAAAUAAGGCUUUGAACAAAAAACAAGAGCCGACUUGUCCGUACUAUAUUGAAAAUGAGGGAUUCAAAAAAAGCUUCAAGAAUUUUAUUAAAAUUUAAUGUUCUAUAAA